ACCCAGCUACUCGCACACUCUCAUUUCUCUGAGUACAACAACUAGUGAACAGCGGAAGUCCGAGCUGAGACAAACUAGAAACUAGAAACUAAAGUCUCACUCGGGACAGAUAAAGCUCGUCUGCUUGUUGGAUCUUUGGUCAAAGUACCAAAAACAGCCGUGCGUAAUUACGCGUAAAACAGCAACAACAACAACAAUGAGUGCCACAACCGCUAUGGAAGUCAACGCCGAAGCCAGACGGAUCCUGGCCGUGUCGAUAAGCAAGCUGUACGCCUCCAGGACCCAGAGAGGCGGACUGAGACUCCACCGGAGCCUUCUGCUCUCCAUGGUCAUGAGGUCUGCCCGGGACAUCUAUCACUCCUCACGGGAGUGCGAGGGGCCAAGCGACGCGCAGCCAACACAAGAAGAGCCGAUGGAUACCAGCUCCAGCCUGGAGGAACAAACCGGGCUGCCUGAGCCUGUCCAGCCUGAACCCCAGCCAACACUGAACUCAACCGAGCUGCCCCCAGAGGAGCCGGACAGCGCGGAGGAAGACAGUGAUAGUGAAAUCACAGAGGACAAAGAGAACUUGAGCCCGACAAGGCAGUCCAGGAAACGCCGGGGUAAGGUGUCGGCUGCGCCUGACUUCCUUCCCAGCAAGAGGGCGAGGCUGGAACCCGGGGAGGAGAGGUAUGCGGCCCCGCUGGGCAGCUGUCGCGCCGGGGCUGGGGAGUCCCUGGCGGCUUUGUCUCUAAAUCGGGUUAUACCUGCCUUCUGAACAGAUGGAGGGAGAAAAUAGCCUCCAAUGGGACUUUGGAGCGGAGUGAUUCUCAACUCCUCGUUAACCUAUAAGGACGGUUUGAUUCCUUGGCGCACCGAGGAGCUGACCUACAUCGGCGGUCCUGGGACAAAGGGAUUACCGGGGCCAUGGUGGCGAGCUCUCCGGUCGAUCUGAAUGUGCCUGCCGGGCUGGUAAAGCCCCCACAGAGAUCAACAAACCGAGAAGAAGAAGAAGAAGAAGCAGAAACGGGCCCGAGGGAGCUACAGGCCGGAAAGUUUGAGGAAGAAACUGAAGAGGAGGAACUGGCUGUGUUACUUUUUGUUUCCCGGUGAAUCACCUUCAGUAAAAAUGAGUCCAAACAAGUGACUGCUGCUGACUCAAAGCGUGUGUAUGUGUGAAUCAGCAGAGAGUGAUGUGAGUCAGUCAGAGAAGAAGUGAAGUGGUAAAUGGCUGACCACAUAGCAAGAUACACAGACACACACACAGAGAGAGACACACAACAAGGACUUCAGGGAAUUUCCUGCCUUUGUGCCGGGAUAUCAGACUCAAGCACUGAAAGAGGAAGGGCAGUUGAGGCAGACUCACUGCCACACACACACACACACACACAACUGCUGCUGUGGACUUUGAUAAAUCGAUACUACUGCUUGGGGACUGUCCCAUAUACUGUGUUCACAUGGUGCUUAAAAAAAAAGAAGAAGACAAAACAGGCUGUCCAUAUGGUGUUGGAAGCCCAGUAAUAUAAACUAUCUGUCUUUAUGUCACUGAUAUGUUUUUGUUCAUGUCUGACCAGUGAAAAAAUAUUACCUCACAUUCCAAGCUGCUUUUUAAUUUGUAUGAUUGAAUUAAUGGUGUAAAUAUUUGUAAUAAACUAAUCAAAACGCUA